GUGGCAAGCGGUGAAGCCCCAAGGAAGUUCCCCAUGACGACUGGUCGGGCAGACUCGUUGAAUGUGUUCGACGUCGGCUUGGCAGACAUCGAAGGAAUAAAGGGCUUCUUCUCGGGCGAAGCUGUUGACCACGCGUCACCUUGCACUGCGACAAAAGAUAGAGCGUGUCAAAUCGUUCGACACCUCACAGUGUGGAACGAAGUGCUUUCCCAGGCCAAGCUCGAACUGAAAGAAAGCCCGCUAACGCGCACCGGGAUGACCGUAGUGAGCAUUGACUGCCCGUACAUUAGGGACCACUCGCUGGACACACUGCACCGGGUUGCCACGCUGCUGCACUGCCUCGUCAAGAAGCAUCACUGCGUGACGCAUCUGGACAUCACGAUGGGCAGGCUCAACUUGUACGACGAGCUCCUGUGCGACGCCCUUCGGGGCAACCAGUUCAUCGAGACACUCAAGUUGCGAGACUCGCUCAAAUGGGGCCUCAGUCCCCACCGUAACUUCUGCGACGUCAUCCCGACCCUGCGAAACUUGAAGCACUUUGAGUGCACCAGUGAGGCUGAGUGCCGGCAGUCGUUUUUGGACGCGGUGACGUCUCUUCUGCUUACGACGAGGUCGCUCACGUCUCUCCAUGUGCCUAAUUUACAGAUGAAACGCCGGCAAGCAAAGGCGUUCUUGACUGCGAUCACGACAUGCUCAUCACUGAGAGAACUCUCGUUUAACUUUUCAGCCAUGGCCUGCGUUCCCGAAGAUAUUUGUGCCACUUUCGCGGAGUACCUGAAGAGUUCGACAGCCUUAACCACGCUAAACAUUGUGGGGCAGGCCUUCAUCUACCCCACCUCUAGACAGUUGAUCGUGCGAGGACUCGUGGAAAACAGGACCAUCACCAGACUAUACGUCAGGACGGCGUUCGUAUUGGUGGAGUAUAUCGAAGCCCUAACUACAAUUUUUGCAAGGAAUACGACCAUUCGGAGCAUUCACAUUGAUUCACAUCUUUACGACAAUGGUUCUCUCGUGGGUGCUCUCAUUUGCGAUGGCUUCUUGACGGCUUUCAAGGAGAAUGAGACGCUGCAAGAAGUUACACUGCCCUUCACUAUGUUGAGACCGCAGAAGUGGGCUCUGUUCUUCAGAGCGCUUUCGACGAAGCACACUCUAAAACAUGUGAUCAUAGAAGGGGGCGCCACGGACGCCGUCACCCUGCAGGAAGUCUGCAAGGCCCUUCGAGAAAGUGGCGCAGAGGAGAAGGUUGUGUUUCGACCACAGUUGGGAGUUUCCUGCUAUCGGUACGCUUUUCAUUUCCUCAGGUACCAUUGUUUCCGCGACGUCAUCGCCUCGCAGGCUGAUGGCGGAAGCGAUGCUCCGCCACUUGGCAGGCUUCUGCACCAACUGUGUUCGCUGAACCACGUGACAUCGUUGACUGUGAAAAUUGACCCUGGCACUCACAGAGAGAACCUGUCCUUCGCUCUCACAGACUAUGUUGGAACAACCACCACGCUAAAGAUACUCCGACUGAUUUCGGCGUCUGUCGACCACCCGACGAAUGAAGCUGACCUAGCUUGGACGGCCGUGAUUGAGUCAUUUUCAAGGAACAGCAGCUUAGCAGAGCUGUGCGUGAGCGCCACUUCCAUGUCUAAGGAUGACUCUGAGCACUUGGCUGAUGUCGUCAAACAUAGCAAAAACAUACGAAGGUUCUCCGUUUCCGUCCAGAAGGGCUGGCACGUGACGGCGUUCGUG